GCGGCAGCAUAGGUGGCCUGGCCUAGGCACACGUGUAGCUCUUCGUUUUAUCGGAGCAGUUGUGUAAAUACGUUCCACGUGAUGCAUUCUUAUCUCACGAAUCUGAAUGAAUCCUUGCAUCACCGAACAAGAUAAAAGCGCGCUCGCGACAAUGGUUACAGAUAUCCCCCGUCUGAAUUCACCCUUGACACUUUUCCGCAGUCCAGUUUCGCAUUGCUUCCAGCUAUUGUGCGCUUUCUCGCGAGCAUGAAUUGUUGCAGCUUUAUAACCCAGUGUUGAACAGGCAACAUACGCAAAGUGCGCAGAAGGUUUCGCUUGACGGCACGUGGCAAAGCAAAAAACGCAUCAGGUGUUACGACAUUCCUCAGGCAAAGAGGCUAGAACGCUGGGAGGAGCGAAUGGGAGACAGCAGUGAUGCACCGACAGCCCUUAGACAGCGCAAGUCCUCUUUGGGGGAGAGCACCAACGGGGGAUGCAACAGCGUGCCCGUAGGGCGCGCCACGGGCCGUGGUGAGGACGUAGAGCAACUGAUGAACGACCACGGGGACCGCAAGGCGCUGGUGCUCUGGCGGCGUCCAAUCUUGACGACACGAUACUUUCUCAGUGAGCUCCUUAUGCUGCUGAAGGAGUAUAGUGUCAGCUUGAUGCGCAACUGGAAGCACGUACUUGCCUCACUUCUAGCCCUCCUAAUGUUGGCCGUUCUUUAUAACCUAGAAGGAUCUCAUCAGAAGUACAUUGCUGUAAUGGAGAAAAAGCUCCUGUGGUGUGCCUAUUGGGUAGGGCUAGGUGUCCUGUCAUCUGUUGGUCUUGGGACUGGUCUCCACACUUUUCUCCUGUAUCUGGGCCCACAUAUAGCUGCCGUAACGCUUGCUGCAUACGAGUGUGGAAGUGUAAAUUUUCCCGAACCCCCCUAUCCCGAUGAAAUUGUGUGUCCAGAUGAGUCUUCAGUAACCACAGUUAGUAUCUUCAAAGUCAUGAGCAAAGUUCGGCUUGAGGCAUUCAUGUGGGGAGCAGGCACAGCGCUAGGAGAGCUGCCACCGUAUUUUAUGGCAAAAGCAGCUAGGAUAUCUGGGAAUGAAGACUUAGAGGACUUGGAAGCACUCGAAGCGCUCAUGGAGAAGGAGAAAUCAACUGAUCUGUCCUUCCUCGACAGGGCGAAACUGGCUGUUGAGAAACUAGUGGAACGUGUGGGAUUCCUGGGCAUCCUUGCUUGUGCAUCGAUCCCAAAUCCUCUAUUUGACCUGGCGGGCAUCACGUGUGGCCACUUCCUGGUGCCCUUCUGGACAUUCUUCGGGGCCACGCUGAUUGGCAAGGCUAUUAUCAAGAUGCACAUUCAGAAGCUCUUUGUAAUCAUUGCCUUCAGCGAACACCAUGUGGAGAUGUCCCUCAAGAUGCUUAUGUACAUCCCCUAUGUGGGCAAGUAUCUCCAAGCACCGUUCAGAGAAUUCCUUGCGAAGCAGAAGGCAAAACUACAUCGGAAGACCGGGACAGAAGUAACGCAGGACGUUUCACUGCUGGCAUGGAUGUUUGAGAAGUUGGUGAUGGCCAUGAUAAUCUAUUUUGUCAUUUCGAUUGUGAACUCCUUGGCACAAAACUACCAUCGUCGUAUAUCCAAGGCCAAGAGACGCUCCUAUGGAGCAGCACCCCUCGGCCGUAAGGUUGCUCUCAGCUGAGGUGUGGCUUCUUCCGAGGCGGUGUUCCUCAAGACUGUUGUUCAUUUGUGAACAGGAUUUUGUUGCUGUUGGCUAUUGAAACGUGCAAAGGUGGGGCACCUAGGUGAUUUCUGCAUGUUUGAACGGACACAGGGACGGUCGUUGGUAGAAGAAGAGAGGUUAAGAGGAGCAUUUUUUAUAUUAAAAUGUGUAGAAGCCCUA